AUGCGCGUGGUUCAGGACACACACGUUGACAACUCCACCCCUCGUGUUCUGUACUCUGACGGAUCUCUUCUGAACUCAGGAACACCGGAAGUAUCACAGGCCUUUGGAGUGGUGGAUCUCACUCAGGACAACCCUCUGACGGUACAAGGACGAACGGAUGGUCACGCGUCCUCGGCCAAGGCCGAGCUUAUGGUUUUUUUAGCCGCAGUCUUGUCAGCACCUCCGGGGCAGGACAUUGUGGUCAAACUGGACAAUCAGUCAGUGGUGGAACAGUACAGUCGUCUAGUGAAGAAUCGUCGGGACACCUUACCGAGGAAGCGAUUCAGGAGUACAUAUGCGGGUAUCUGGGCGGUGCUUUGUCAGGUUGUGGAAUCUCGGCCAGGCUGGGUCGACGUGGUGUGGGUCAAAGGACAAAGCAACGUCCAUGGAACCGAGCUUGCGGAUCAGGCGGCGAAGGUGGCAGCACAGAGUGGUUCGGUGCCCGUGAUGGUGGAUCUCACUCAACAGACGGAUAUCACGACCUUUGCACAUUGUUACGGCGGGCUUGUUGAAAUCGAUUUACGUCAGAUCCUCAAACAACAAUCGAUAAUCCGUCACCAUCAAGCCUGGACAUCACAGAGAUGGGUCAAGAGGGCGAUCCCUGACAUCGAGGACGUGGAAUGGAACUCGACCUUGGCGUAUGUCCAUGACAGGCACGCAGUCUUCACUUUUUACAGCAACAGCAAGGACUCCCAUCAACGAACACAUCACAUCAAAAAGUUGCAUGGAAUACUGCCCACUCUGAACUCCAUGCAGGCUCGCAAGCCCAACCUGUACCCAACAUGCGUAUGCCGACGAUGCGAGCCCGAGAAGGAGGAUAACGAUCAUGUCUGGAAAUGCUCCUUGGCAGCCGAGACCACCACUGAGAUCUGGAAGGAGGCCAUGGGCAAGAUUAACGAGUGGGGUGUGCAGGCGACAAACAGCUACAACGCAGCCAGGAAGCGGGAAUACAAACGCGCGGUGGACAGCGGUCGUCAGGUACCGAGGCCAGACCCAUACACUGGUGGCCCCCUUCGGAUGCAGAUCACGUACGAGGGUUUUCCUCCAUCGGUGGAGCUCGAGCCGUGCACAGCGGUAGUCCAGCUUCCGAUCGAGACGAGAAACCGAUGUGGAACGUGCCGGAUCUCCUCCGCGGCAUCACCCCCUUGA